AUGGAUCUUCAUAGGCCAGUUGACCCGAAUAAGACUUACGAAGAAUUAACGUCAGAGGAGAAGUUAAGGUAUGAUCACCAGAAGCUGCACGAGUUGCAUCGAGGCCAUGAAUCGAUGCACACCACAAUGGUGAUGAUCCUCAUCAUCACACUCAUCGUGGCACAGGUGGUCGUCAUGGAGUGGAAGAAACGACAUUAUAGAUCUUAUGCUCUGUUCACGAUGAUUGCCAUGUGGUCGAUACCAGUGCUGAUGAGCGCCAAGAACCAGUGGUGGAGGUUCAUCAUCAUUUGGAGCAUAUUCACUAUGCUCACAGCCGUAGUUAUAAGGAAAUCUACAAAUAAACCUAUGUCUGUUACUACGCCUAGGUUAGUGUACAAAUGGUUCUAUCUAAUAUACAAGGUGAGUUGUUUCAUCGGUGUGGUUGGGUACAUACUGAUGAUGCUCACCUUCUUCGGGCUGAACCUGGCCUUCGGGCACAAGCCUCAACAGUGGAUGGACGUGGCGUUGAUGCUGCUGUUCUAUGGACUGUACUUCGGUGUGCUGGGGAGAGACGUAGCUGAAUACUGCAGUGAUAAAAUGGCUGCGUCUAUAGGGUACUACACCCAGGAGGGCAUCCCGACGCGCCAGCUCGAGAGCAACGUGUGCGCCGUGUGCGGGAACCUGCUGCUCGUCGACGUCAACGAGGAGGGAGUGCUCGAGAAUACAUACAAGUUGACCUGUGGCCACGUGUUCCACGAGUUCUGUAUACGAGGCUGGUGCAUCGUGGGCAAGAAGCAGACCUGCCCCUACUGCAAGGAGAAGGUCGACCUCAAGAGGAUGUUCACAAAUCCCUGGGAUCGACCCCACAUCUUGUACGGCCAGCUCUUAGACUGGAUCAGGUGGCUGGUGGCGUGGCAGCCUCUCAUACUGUUUCUAGCUCAAGGCAUCAACUGGCUCUUCGGGCUGGAAUGA